UAGCAAUGUCAGAAUCGAAGUAAUCAAAAUUUUCAAUUUAAAAUGUCCUUUUUGGUAAAACUAAGUCAAAAACAUCUAAAAAUCUACAGUAAUCCUUCAAAAUUCAUAAGCCAAAGACGAAAAUUUUCUUGCGAAGAUCAGUUUGCUAAAUGCAAAGUAGUCCUAAUAAAUGGAGGUGGAGGGGUGACAGGUCAAGCCUUUGCGUCGCUUUUUCUAAAAAGUGGCGCCAAAGCUGUUGUGAUAGCUGAUUGCGAAAGAAACGAGUGCAUUUGCCAGUUAAUGGAGAAAUACGGAGGGGACAGACUGGUUUUUGAAAAAGUUGAUGCUGCCAGUAAAGCGUCGUUAGAAGGCGUGUUUAAAAGCACUGUAAGGAACCACGGCCAUUUGGAUUUUGUGGUAAAUAAUGCCCGUUUUAUGUCUAUCGAUAACUGGCAAAAAACCAUAUGUAUAAAUAAUUUUGGCUUGGUCUUGGGCACGUUUUUUGGAUUGAAGUACAUGGGAUUGCAAAAAUGCAAAGGCGUAGGUGGUACCAUUGUUAACGUUAGUAAUUUGGCUGCUUUGGAACCGUUUUUCCCAGUACCAGUUUACACUGGGGCUGGUCAUUUCCUCCUCCAAUUUACCAGAGGUAUGGGUAAUAAUUUUUUCUAUAAGAAAUCUAACGUAAGGAUCAUGGGACUCAUAACGGCCUCGAUUCACCCCACGGAGCUUUCAGGAGCUUUACCAAAAGAUUCCUGUUUUGGGGAUCUCGGAAAUUUAUCAGAGGAAAUGGCAAAAAUGGUAUAUAAUUUACCAACUCAUGAUUGUAGAACCUUUGAACUGUUUAUGGACCAUGUUAUUAAGGAAGGUCAAACUGGCGAUAUAUGGGUAGCUGAAGGUAUUGAUGUAUUUAAAAUAAGGGCGUAUGACAGAAACAAAUUAAAAUGUAAAGCUGCCGCUUAGCUGUUUAGUAAUUGUAUGGUGUAUAAACUAAAAAAUUGUGC